AAACGUAUCGAAUCUUGUAAAUCAUGAAAACAACGGAAAAGAUUCACAUUUCCCAAUAAAUUGUAAACGGCAUUUUGAUUCAACAUCGCUUGGAUUGAGCUGCAUAACUAUGACAGGUAACAGGCUGUAUCCGCCAGACUUCUUUAGGAUUAUUAAAGCCAGUCAGCCUUUUCGUAUGAAAAAGCCAAUUAGCGAGCGUCUGUUCAGCCUUCCCCGGCCCGCCAUUUUGACAAGUGGAGAAAACCCUGGGGAGGAGGUUGAUACUUUGAUAUAACAAGACAGUUACCUGACCACGGCGUGUUGAUAAAACAAGCUGGCAUCUUGUUUUUUACCCUGCAAAAAAGUUUAACUUUUCUUUCUACGUUUCUUCAAAAUGCUCACUUUGAGUAACGACGAGUGAAAACAUUUUGUGCACUGCGUGACUUUGGGUGACGGCUCGGAGUCUGGAUCCUAAUAAGAAAUCACGCAACAGCUCACAAGAACUCCAGGAUUUUGAAACUGGGGGCGAAUUUUAUUGACUUGUUGAUCGCACGCUCUGUACCACAGCUUUGUGUCUCGUGCGGUUACUGUUCUUCUCGCCUGGGUGAUAAGCAAACUAGCUGAUGGUCAGAAGCCAUCAGAACUUCAUCAAAGAUAAAUUCCGCGAGACAAGGUAGAUCAAGGUCAGACGGGUUGAUCAUGGCCUCUGCAUCAUUUUCGUCAACAAACGAGACAACAAAUUACGCUCGGUUGUGCCGACUUCUUGUAGAUGUAGGCUCACAGAUUUUAAGAGAAACAUUCGAUAAAAUUCAUUUACCAAGCCGCCUUCAGAGAGUUUUGGCAGAUCCUCUAGUACAUAACACAUUGCAGUCGCUUUUCAAGAAAAGAAUCAUUAAUCCGACGCAGUGGAGCAAACUGUACCCUGCCGAUAAGACUUCAGUUUCAUCGAAGCACUUUGAUGUCACUCUGCUGAUGGUUCUGUUCAGGAACAUUUGUAAUCUGUUGACUCCUGCCACUGGUUGGGAUAAUCUUCCUCCUGAAACAGACACGAGUCGCGAGGCUGAUAUUGCUCGCAUCAAGUUCUACAGGAACACAGUCUACGCCCAUGCCAACCAGGCGUCUGUCGAUGAUGUUACAUUUAGUCAUUACUGGCAGAACAUCCGGGACACACUGGUGCGACUGGGAGGAGCAGGUGUUUAUGAGAAAGCCAUCGAUAGUCUUGCAAACGACAGCAUGGAUCCUGAAAUCGAGCGGCAUUACAGAGAGCUUCUGAGAGACUGGAAGAAAGACGAGGACAGCGUCAAAGACAGGUUGGACGAAAUAGAAAAGAAGUUGGAUGAUUUGGGUAAUCCUGAGAAGAGAACGCGGUUGACAGAAUCUUUUGACCUUAAGGAGUGCCAGAAACAGCUUCAUUCACUUUAUAACACCAUGAGUAAAGUAAAAAUCAUUCCUUGGGACCGAAACUCAGCAGUUCACAUUGAUGAGAUAUACACACAGCUAUCGUGGCAUAGAGAAGACACCAAGCCAAGUGGAGUGACGAAAGAGAAACUUGAAGACUACACCGACAUAUUCCUAGGCCAUGAGCAUUAUCCAAACCCAAAGCGAAUUUUGGUCUAUGGACGGCCAGGUAUAGGGAAAACCACAUUUUCCAAAAAGACUGCUUUCGACUGGUCGCAGCAAAGAAAAGAAAUCCUAACGAAAUUUGAUAUUGUGCUUCAAAUUAGGUUGCGAGAUGUGUGUGAUUUGCAUGAGGUACCAGCUAUUUUUACUGCUGCUAAGCUGCUGGCUGGUGAUGGCGUGCUUUCAUCUGAUGGCUUGUAUAAGUACAUCCUCCAGAAUCAAGAAAAGGUAUUGCUCAUUUUGGAUGGCUACGAUGAGUACAGCUGUGAAGGAGAACAAUCACCAGUCCAUGACAUCUGGGAGGGCACGCUGCUGAGGGAUUGUCACGUUAUUAUCACGACGCGGUUAGCGAAUGCUGACAGUCUAAGAAUUUCUAGUCACGUUCAGUAUCAGAUUGAUGGAUUUGAUAGCGAGAAUGGAAUCAAAACGUUCGUGAGCAGGUUUUUGAAAGACAAAGAAGAAGUUGAUAAGUUUGUUAGACAUUUGAAAGAGAGAGAUCUCACAGACAUGGCAGAAAUACCUCUCCUCCUGCUGAUGCUGUGUUUACUCUGGAGGGAAAAAUAUCAUAGGAGACUACCAAAAUCGCGCGCCAUCAUUUACACGCAUUUUAUCCAGACUUUACUGGAUCACAGGACAGAAAAAGAUGCAGAUGUAGGGGUCCGUAGAGAGGUUGAUGACUACAAAGAGGAACUCUCUAUACUGGGAAAACUUGCAUUCGAUGCACUUCUACUCCGUCGUCAUUUUUUGCAUGUUAGCGAACUUCCCAGCGAGAUUUUGAUGAAGACAUUAGUUGAAGCGGGCUUGUUUCAGAUGCUAAAAAUUUCAAGUUUGGAUCCCAAGAAAGGUGUUUACUUUCUUCACAAGUCCAUACAGGAGUUCCUUGCAGGUUUUCAUCUCAAGGAAGAGCUGUUAUCAAGAAAAGAAGAAACUAUAACCUGUUUGUCCAAAGUUGACUCUUUCGAAAAGAUUGUCGAGUACGCUGAAGUUCUCACAUUUGCAUGCGAGCUGUCAGAAGAGGCUGCAUGUACUGUUCUAAGCCAUCUGGGGAUGGUAGGAAAGAAAGAAAAUCUGACAGAGUACAACUUUUCUGAGACGCCCUCUAUUGAAGAUUUGUCAAGUGAGCAAAGACAUUUUCUAACACUCUGUUCACGAAGUUUUUUUUGUUGCUCGCUCGCAAAGAGAAGAGAGUUGUACCCCAUGUUUCUGUCUUACGUUGGAGGUGUUUUAUUAAUUGAUUCUGACCAGCUCCAUAGUGUUGCCGAUGACCACCUACUGAUAUCUUCUCAGGCUCCACACUACAUAUUUUUUUCUGAUAGCAAGCAUCCAGAGCAAGACUAUAGUGACUUGAUCACUGUGCUGGAAGACUUGGAUGGACUGCUUGUCAGUUGUUCGGGCGAAAGGAAAGCAUCACAUUUCCUGAAGAGAUAUCACCCUCGUUCAGUUCAACAUUUUUUCUUGAAGAAGGAAGAGAACAUGUACCUUUAUUUUGCACGUAUUUAUAAGAGGUUUGAUUACUCUUUCCCCAACGAAAUGCUAAAGGAUCUCACUUCGUCACCAAAGCACCAAUCGAAUAAACAAGGGAACACAACUGCUUUGUGUUUGACUGAGAACACUAAUAACGCCUCUAAUGGACCUCGACAUUGUCUGUCCCUGGCAUGGGAGAUUAAUAUAGAAUAUCUUGAAGGGCAGGAAAUGGAGACACUAAUUGACGUUUUGCCAUUUGUAGCGUCUCCACGAUCGAUAAUGAUUUCUGUUCAAGUAGGUGAAAUCCCUAAUGCACAGCUGCUGGAGUCUCUGGUUUCCAAUAUCAACUUUACAAACAAACUUGAUGAGUUAGGGCUUUGGCGUAUGAAUCUGAGAGCCAAGGCUGCUGCUAUCAUCUCUCGAUCUCUGUACCAAGCUCCUAACCUGGGCGAUCUAUACUUGUCAUAUAACCCUCUAGGUGAAGGAGUUAGCGUUCUUGCACAACAGCUCAGCUGUGUUCCUCGGUUGAAGAACCUGCGCCUUGGAGGUGUGAAAAUGACCAGAACCCAAGUGGAUGAUCUAGCUGCAGCUGUACGUUGUCAUCGCAAUAUAUCCAGUCUGGGGUCAUGUUAUCACGAUGAAGAGGGCAACCCUACGCCUGAAAAUGAAUGGCGACGGGACGAUGACUGGAAAAGGUACUGGUGGUAUAGGUCAGAGGACGAGUCAGAGAAUGAGCUGGAGCCUGGGACAUCAGCUGAAUCAAAGGACAAGUUGGAGCCUGGGACAUCAACUGAAUCAAAGAACAAGCUGGAGCCUGACACAUCAACUGAAGCAAAGGACGAGAUGGUGCCUGGGACAUCAACUGAAUCAAAGGACGAGCUGGAGUCUGGGACAACAACUGAAUCGAAGGACGUGGUGGAGCCUUAAACAUCGACUGAUUCAAAGGAUGUGCUGGAGACUGGGACAUCAAGUGGGGCAGUAGUCGACGUGGAGCCUAGGUGGGUACUGGGUCAUUACGAUGUUAGCUGAAUUAGAGAACGAGCUGCAGUCUGGGACAUCACUUCUGAGUCAGUUCAUUAAUGCAAGGCAGACUUUCAAUGAUGCUUUCUAAACUGAUUCCAUUUGUUAUCUCUUGAAAAUGUAAUUGAGAUUUUAGGACGCUUUUUUACAGUACACAUUUAAGAUCGAUUAGUGACAGAACGCAGAAUCUCUCAGAUGUUUAAUAUCGACAUCAUCAGUCUGAUAACUGUCAGUAAAGACCUGUGAGUAACUAAGCUACAGUUUAGAGGUGACGCCAGUGGACCUGAAAAUGUCUUUGGUGAACAGUGCUUGACAAGAUAAACUUCGUAGUUGUUAUGAGUAAUCUAUAUAUGUCUGGA